UCUCAAUUGAGCUCACAGCAAAGAAGUUUUAAUGUGAUUGUCAUACCGUUAAGAUGCGUUCAUUGCUUAUUUUGUUAAUAUUUCUCACAGUGGCAUCAGCUAAGGUUUACGAUGUCUAUAGAAACAUACAAAAAGAAUUUGGAUAUUUAGAACAAUCAGAAAGACGAAGUGAACUUCAAAGAUUAUUAAAUGACAUACAGGAAGAUUUAGAUUAUGGAGUAAUAGAAGAUGCCUGGAGAGCAGACAAACCUCCAACAUACAAAGGAUGUGAUCCAAUGAUUCAUGGAAUUGAGCCUGUUAAAUGUCCAGAGAAAUUUUUCUUUGAAGAGUGACUGA